GUAACCGGGCAGCUCCCAUCUAUUGUUGACGUUCGUGUAAUGUUACCUUAUAAUUAUGUUACGUGGCCGGACACAGGAAGUAGUUUGUUUAUUUUCCGUUUUUGAUUAAAUAGUAAACGAAUAAUAACAAAUUUCGUUUAUUUUAUUGGACACUACCGAAUGUUUAAUGAUAUAACGGGUGUCCGUGCCUAAGACGGAGGAAAAUAGAGUGGCAUUUGCAAAAAGACGAGCGUUGUUGGUUGGUUGCGCUUGCGCACGUUACGAUAUAAGCCUGCGGAGGGAGCCGCGCCGCUGCAGUGCCGCUCCCACUGUCUCGACACAACGUCGCCCAACAUGGGGAGAAAGACAAUAUUAGCGGCUGUGUGCUGGCUGACUUUAAGUCAAGCCCUGUGUGAUAAAAACAGUCAAAGUGUCGCAGACAAUGUAAGUGCAGAAAGUGCUCCUCGCCUGUACGGAAACGUCCCCGUGGGAGUGUACGCCAGCGCCGCUCCGUACGCGGCCUACUCGUUCCACCUGCCUCAGUUUGUCGCCGCGCCGAAGCCAGCGGCCUCACAAGUAGCCGCAGUGAAACAGAAGCCAGUGAAUCAAAACAUAAACACUUAUUUGAUGGACUCGUAUGGGAACAGAUACUUCGGAACGCCCCAGCAACUCCCAUACAAAGCUGCAUUCUCGCAACAAUACGUGUCGCUUCAACCUACACUGCCAGAACAUUUGGCUCAACCGUUGGUUGCAGCUUCGCCCAACUUCCAAUUCCAGCAAUCGGGCCCGCAAGUGUUCUUUGGUGCGCCGAUCAGAGUUUCGUCGCUGCAGACUCCGGCGCCGACACCUCUUAAUCAAUUUCCGAGCUUCGGCCGCUUAGUGUAUGCGGAUAAAGUGCAAAGUUUAGCGCCAUCUUCAAUUUCUCAAAACCAUGGUUUUAAAAUUCCAACGGCCCAACAACAAUCAAGCAAUAACAAAAAUGUUUUCUCCAAUACAGAAUCACAUGAGCAAUAUGUUAAUUUAAAAGAUGAACCAAAGUUCCAACGACAGCAACAAACACCUCAAAUAAUUGUUGGCAAACCUAAGUCAGAGAGCAAACAGAUAACAUCACCCGCUAGUGCAAGUGAAACAAAGUUCCAGCGCAUUCACGAAAUACCCAAAGAAGUUCGAGGCCAUACGCAAUUCCAACGUCUACAAGAACAACCUAACACUGCCAAGGAGCAUACCUCUGAAAGUGUGCAAGAGAGUUUAAAACACCAAGGAGGAAAUCCUCACAACCUUCACAACAACAAAGCUCAAAUUCAAUCUGCGCCUACAAAGCAGACAACUUUCACGUAUGUGAAUGAUAUCAAUGGGAAGAAGUCUGUGGUAAAAGUGCAAAGUGAACCUAUCCCUCUACUAGAUUUAACUCUUCUUGAGCCGUUAACUUUUAAGAAUCCUCUCGUCCCUCAAGUACAACAUUUCUUACCUAGAAUUAACCAAGCCACUUAUGAAAAAUUGCCUCAGGCAAACUCAGAUGGCGUUAACAAUUAUCAAAAAGAAUUUGUGGUUCAAAAGACGAUGUCAUAUGAUAGUAGGAAUACAAAUGAAAAGCCACAGAAAAACGUAAAUAAAAAGAAAGAGAAGAAACCAACACACUCACACAAACACAACAAAAAAAAUGAUGCACCGAAGAAAACCCUCCACGAGACGCUGGAUGAUGCUCCAGAAAUUGUUUAUGAAAUUAAUGCUCCUGGGCAUAAGGAGACUUAUAUAGAAAAGGCGAUAAGUUAUAACAAGGAGACACAGCCUGAACCAAUACAUUAUAGUUAUGGUUCUAAAUCUGAAAAAGAACCAGUAACAUAUAGUUUUUCACGUUCGUCUACAGAUCCGGGUCAAGUAAAACAAGUACGGUACUACGGCAAGACUCAAGGUCCGUCACAUCUCGUUUAUAAUUUUAAACCAAAGGAACUGCAUAAGGAAGAGCAUGUCCACAAAAACGUUCCUGAUAACGAGUCAAUUAGCCACGAAGAUUCUGCUCAACAAUCAGAAGACAGUGGUCCAGGUUAUCAAAACAAUUAUAAUGAUCAUCCUAAAUCGUCUGAGGAAUAUGAUGAAGUACCACAUAAGGAACAAAGUCACUACCAUAAGCCAAGCCAGCCAAUUAAUGAUGAGCCACAGGAGCAUCGAUCGAAUGCAGACACAUCCAAUUACAAUGCCAGCCCGAUACAACAUAAGGAACAUUUUACUGUCGACCCCAUUGUACAGGAAUAUGAAGAAGACAUACGCCUGCUCGCCAAUGCUCAAAUAAAAGUGGACCCCACACAACACGUCCCUCACGCGGAGUCUGAACACCACGCACGCGCUCCUCAGCGAGAGCAGCAGUCCGAGGCUCCGCAUGGACACCACUCCUCGCCGCAGAAACAGCCUCAUCAAUUACCAUCGCAACAAUCACAUCACCAUUAUUCCUCUCCCCAGUCUAAAUCCCAUAAUACUCCAUUAACUUACAACCAUGGAGAAUUAAAUCGACAUCACCUGCCGUCCGCGCAGAAACAACCGCAACCUCCGCCACCACCGCACUCUCACAUUCAUUUCUCAAGUCCGCAGCACGAGUCACAUAAUGCACCAGCUGCUCAUAUCCAGGAGAAAUCAAAACGCAUUAUUAUUCAUGAUGAGGCUCCGGAUGAAAGACACAUGCAUCAAGAACAGAUGAAAGAAGAAGUAUUCGACCGAGAAGAAAAUAAUGAAGAAGACUUUGAGAAAGCUUACAAGAAUGCUGCUUUUGGUUUUCCCGCCUACAGCAAAGAAGCAUUAGAAGCGGAAGAAAAGGAUAUCUUCGAUCCUGAGAGUUACGGAGUACCGCCAGACCACAUCGAGUACAACAUUGAAAAUACGCCAUUUCAACAAUACCAGGAAGAAGGCGAUGAGUUCCCUAAAGAGGCUCGCGCCAGUUAUAAGGACUCCAGGGACAAAAUGAAGGAAGAUUAUUACACUGAUUAUUCAAUUAGCAAGCCCGAGAGUUUGCUCGACCGCUACCAGAACAAGUUGGGCUAUUACAAGUUGUACAAGCAACAGCAACCUGAUUAUUACGUAGCCGAUGGAGACGACAACGACAAAAAGAAACAGAAACCGAAAUUCGCGCAAUACUCGGUGGCACCAACAUUCGGUUUUCAGUCCAAGAAUGAAAAAAAAGCAAAGUCGUAUUACGGCCACCACAAGCCUAAACAACAGUUGUACGAAUACGAUUACUCAGAGGGCACGCCGCGAGAUAACUCAGCCUUUGCGUCCCGGCCCUACCAGAGGUACAAGACCAAGACUAACUUCGUAGAGCCACAGUUCCAGUACGGUUUCGAGCCGAUAUCAAUACCAAAGCUUCUCGACAGUGAGUUGGCCGCGAUGGCCAGCGUGCAUAGGCCUGAAAGUGAAAAGCCAGGCAUGAGGAAGAAAGUCUACAAAGAAAACUGGUACAUUAAGAAAACUAGCACAGCAGGUGGGGUGCCAGCUAGCUGAUAACACUUAUUUAUUGUUGUUUACGUUAAGUUGUAAUAGUAAAUUAAUAAAUAGUCAAAAUAUUUAAACGUAGUUUUCAUUCGAUUAAUAUGAUUUAGAUUAAACUGUGAUCUUAAUAACAAUUGCUUAUUCUAUUUCUUUAAUAUUACGUAAUUAAACUUUCUCUAUCUGUCAAUAUAUUACGUGACGGUAGCUACUUUUUGUAACAAAUCUUAGAGUUCAUCGGUAAACAAAAAGACAAUUUUGUUCUCUAAAUAAACUAUAGAAUCAGUGACCGUUUCAAUCGCAAAAAGUCUGAUUUUGAUUACGCAUACUGAAUGGAUCUAGAGGAUAUCGACAGUCUUGCUUAUGAAAUAUAUUAAGUUACAACUUCGUCGCUACACUUCAUAAAACAAGUAGCUCCACUAUCAUAAAACAAAUUGAUGACUGUAAAUGAAUGCAUUCCUGAAUCUCAGUUCCUUCCGUAUCCGGUAGUUACCAUGUGUUCCGAUCCUGCAUUGAUUUCCUCGAUCGGAACCAACACUGCAAUGAUCACGCGAUCCAUGAUGAUAGGCUACACACGCGAGAACAUUUUUUGUUGUUAAGAGCAGAGCGCAAGUGCAAGUGCAAUGUAUUCUGACGUCAUCGGUGUGUGAAUUUUAAUAGUUUUAAAUUAUUAUACCAGGUCAAAUAUAAUGAAGGUCGUUUUAGUAAAAUAUGUCCAUUGAAAUUUAAAAAAAAUAAACAUUUCGAAAACAUUAAAAAAAGUGAUACAGCAGUACCUUGGAGUAUCUCUUGAGCAACUCUCGAUUAUACGCUGACAGGUUGCAGACGGCUACUUGUGAAGAAAUAGACAAAAAGAUUGCUUUGCUCACAACCAGUCAGUGGUUUUACAAAUGAAACCAAUCGGUUUUCCAAUAAAUCUAUUUUCAAUGUUUGCUCGUUGAAUGACUGUUUCGAUGUAAAACUCUGGUAUUCUCGUUAAUCAAAUACACAACAAUGACCUCACUGGAAGUUUUAGCACCUAGUCUUACUAGUCUAUGUCGCUAGUAGACCUCAUGUUGUAAAUGCGACACUUUGUGCGCUGGUGUGUGUGUGUGUUUGUUACUAAACUGAAACAACUUUUAGAACAGGGGUAGGCUGUGGCAUGACAU